CAAACCACCCAAAAAACCAGGAAAAAAACAUAUACAAACUCACAAGUUCACAACUCUCUUAUGAUUCACCAAUCACCAUUGCUAGUUCUCUGCUCUCUCUCCCAUGGAAACCAUUAUAUCUUCUCCUUCGGUCUCUCCUCUCUUCAACCCAAAACCCUCUUCUUUCCAACCCAAUUCAAAGUCCCUCUACCUCACAAAACCCAUCAUCAGUUCAAGCCUCAAAAAGCACUCUGUCCAAUCCAUUAAAACAUCUUUGCCGACAAUACCCACAAGCUGGGUUUCUCAUGCUCAACAAGGACUAGCUGCUCUUGCACUUUCUUUAGCACUAAGCUUUUCCCCAGUCUUGACUAGUGGCAAUGCACUAGCUUCUGAAUUUGAUGUGAUCAAUGAGGGGCCACCCAAAGGCUCCUAUGUUGUUGAUGAUGCAGGGGUGCUUAGCAGGGUGACCAAAUCCGAUGUGAAACGAUUGUUACAAGACUUGGAAGAUAGGAAGAACUUCCGCAUCAACUUCAUCACUGUCAGAAAGCUCACUAGCAAAGCUGAUGCUUUUGAGUAUGCUGACCAAGUUUUGGAGAAAUGGUACCCUUCAGUUGAGGAGGGUAACAACAAGGGUAUUGUUGUCCUUAUCACCAGUCAAAAAGAAGGAGCAAUCACAGGUGGACCUGCAUUCAUUCAAGCAGUGGGAGAAGCUGUCCUUGAUGCAACUGUAUCAGAGAACCUUCCUGUCUUAGCUACAGAGGAGAAGUACAAUGAAGCUAUUUACAGUAGCGCAAAACGGAUAGUCGCUGCCAUUGAUGGGCUUCCAGAUCCUGGUGGACCAAAGGUUAACGAAAACAAGCGUGAAUCCAACUUCAAAACCAAGGAAGAGACGGAAGAGAAAAGAGGACAAUUCUCUCUUGUAGUUGGAGGAUUGUUAGUAAUUGCCUUUGUUGUUCCCAUGGCACAAUACUAUGCUUAUGUCUCAAGGAAGUAAGGUGUAAUCAUCCACGGUUGGAAUCGUCUUUGAUUAUUUGUCAUAAGUUUCACAAGAACAUGUAUAACAUGCUGUUAUACAAAUGGUCAUAUUCAAGCGGUUGAUGAAACUUGCAAACAGAAGAUGACAGAUUUUUUGUCAAUAAUUGUAAAGUAUGUAAUGGAAUUAAGUUCUACUUCGGAGUUC